ACGAAGCCAUGAAUGCCAUUAAGAAACGACUGCAGAUGCUAAAGCUAGAGAAAGAUCUCGCGAUGGACAAAGCUGAUCUGUGCGACCAGCAGGCGAAGGAAGCAAAUCGGAAGGAAGAAAAACUAAAAGACGAAGUUCGCGAAUUGGCGAAAAAAUUGAUACAAAUGGAAUAUGAUCUAAAAGUGAGCAAGACUCAGCUAAUAAAAUCAAACAGGAACCUCGAGAUGAAGGAGAGAAUCUAUAUCGUGACACAAUCGGAAUUGGCUGUGUUGAAUAGAAAAAUGCAACAGUGUAUGCAGAAUCUAGAAAAAUCUGAAGAACGACGUUUGUCGGCUCAAACGAAGCUUACGCAAGCUAUGGAAACUGCGGAGGAUGCAAAGCGCAUCUGUAAAGUCCUGGAGAAUAGAAGUAAGCAGGACGAAGAGAGAAUGGACCAAUUGAUGACGCAAUUGAAGGAAGCGAGACUCAUUGCUGAAGACGCUGACACUAAAUCUGACGAAAUUUCAAGAAAAUUGGCCUUUGUCGAGGACGAGCUCGAAACGGCAGAAGAAAGGGUUAAAUCAAGCGAGGCAAAAAUUCUAGAGAGAGAGGACGAGUUAUUCAUUGUCGGCAAUAUACUAAAGUCCUUAGAAGUGUCUGAAGAAAAAGCUAAUCAAAGGGUGGAAGAGUUUAAAACCCAACUGAAGGAGUUAAAAGUGAAACUAAAAGUUGCAGAAAAACGUGCUAUAAUGGCCGAGAAAACUGUCAAAAUAUUCACGAAAGAAAUGGACAAGAGAGAAGAACACCUAUCAAAAGAAAAGGAAAAGUACAAAUUCAUCUGCAACGAUCUUGACUCUACGUUUUCGGAGCUAACAGGAUAUUGAAAUAAAUUGU